GGUUCAAAUCUCGAUUCACUGUAAACAGUGCGACGUCAUCAAGAGAGGCAGAAACUGGAGUUGAGGUGUGAAAGUGUGGCUGCUGUCACUGUCGAGUUCCGGAUUGUGCCCGACUUUUCAGCUCUUAUGACCGUUGGUUGCGUCUGCGUGAGCGGAGGUCGUAGCGCGGGGGUCCUAACGGAGAGUUACGUCGCCGAGACAGAGCAGGAGGAAGUCGGAACCUACCUUUCAUUGUAAAGCUUAGGUGGAUGCCGCAAAGAAGUGCCAAGCUGACAUGAAUACCUUGGAGGAAAGGGCCGUAUAUAUUAAACAGGAGGACUGUGAGUGGGAGUGUGCCCGCCCUGAACUCGUUAAAGGGGAGGAUUGUGAACUGGGAUCCAUAGCUAUUAAAGAGGAGCCUGAAGAGAGGUCUUUCAUUAAAAUUACAGACCACAUCAAGGAAGAAGAGCUCCAUUCAGAGUUUGUCUUUCAUUAUGGGUGUCAAGAUACAGCAGUGACUGGGUUAAUGUCCUCUUUCAGUGGACCCUCCUCAUUUCAAGAGUCCUCCAUCAAUGUCAAGUCUGAAUCAUUAGUAGCUGGUACAAUUGGGAAUGUGGAUAUAUUGAAGAAUACAACUGAAGAUCAGCCAUCAUCUGUGAAUUGCUCUGAAGAAAGUAAAUAUAAAGUAAAAUUAAAUGUCCAAGAAAGCUGCAGUUUCUCCACACCUUUCUUUAUCCAGACUUCCCUUCAGGACAGACUAGAACAGACUUCCUAUGGUGACAAGUCAACACCACCUUUUCUGACACCGGAGUCUGUGCACCUUACCUCUCUCCCUGUUGUGAAACUGAUAAGGAUUGAUGCUACUAACACUCAAAAAGAGUGCAAUUCCGAUUCAGAGGUUCUGCAAGUCUCCCAAGGGCAGGGAAAAAGUUUCAAGUGCAAAUUUAAGGGCAAGGGUAAUCAACAGAACCAUUCCAACCAGACACCACACAGCUGUCCUGAAUGUGGAAAAUGCUUCUUAAAAGCAGCCCAACUUCAGAACCACAAGAGAGUACACAAUGAAGUGAAGCCAUAUUCUUGUCCUGACUGUGAAAUGAAAUUUGCUCAGAUGUGCCAUCUUCAAAUACACCGAAGAGCUCAUACUGGUGAGAGACCGUAUUGCUGUUCUGAAUGUGGCAAACGAUUCUCUUAUAGUAAUGAUCUUCAGAACCAUAUAAGAAUCCACACCGGUGAGAAGCCAUACUGUUGUUUUGAAUGUGGAAAAAGAUUUUCGCAAAGUAGUCAUUAUAAAAGGCACACGCGAAUUCACACUGAAGAGAAGCCAUAUGGUUGUUCUAAAUGUGGCAAGCGAUUCUCUGAAAAGAGCUGCCUUCAUAUCCACAUAAGAAUUCACACUGGAGAGAAGCCGUAUUGCUGUACAGAAUGUGGGAAACGAUUCUCACAACUGAGUCAUCUUAAAAAGCAUAUGAGGAUUCACACUGAAGAAAAGCCAUAUUGUUGUUGUAAAUGUGGCAAACAAUUUUCUGACAGUAGCACUCUUCAGGUACACAUGCGAAUUCACACUGGAGAGAAGCCAUAUUCCUGUUCUGAAUGUGGAAAACAGUUCUCACAAAGUAGCCAUCUUAAAACGCACAGAAGAAUUCACACUGAUGAAAGGCCAUACUGUUGUACCGAAUGUGACAAGCGAUUCUCUGACAGUAGCAGUCUUCAAGUGCACAUGCGAAUUCACACUGGGGAGAAGCCGUACAGCUGUGCAGACUGUGGUAGGCGAUUCUCACAAAUCAGCCAUCUUCCGAUACACCGCAGAAUUCACACAGGAGAGAAGCCAUACCGUUGCUCCGAAUGUGGCAAGGGAUUUUCUGACAAGGGCUCACUUCGGAGACAUUGUAGAAUUCACACUGGAGAGAAGCCAUAUUGCUGUUCUGAAUGUGGCCAGCAGUUUUCUGACAAGGGCAAACUUCAGAGACACUCUAAAGUUCACACUGAAGAAAAGUCAACUUCCUGUUCUCAGUGAGGUGAAGGGUCUUCUGACAAGAAGAGUCUACAGAGUCUUACAGAAAUUUGCUUUAAAGAGAAGGGUGUUGCAGAUCAGACUGUGGGUUACAAUUCUGUACUGAGGGUAGUUUGAGAAACCCAGGAAUUCACACUGGAGAGUAACUGGAUUGUACUCUGAAGGAUUAUAUACCAAAAGGUGUGACGAAGUUGCUAAAUCUAUUGACUGUAAAAUCUGACACCUAUCAGCAUCAGAGAGACAUGCAAUGAGGAGAUAAUGUUCACACCAUUUCCAAUGGGUAGAAAAAUAACUGUCAGAAAAUUGGACAUUGUUUUUAAAGAGAACAAAAGAAAGAAUGUUUCAGUCUCCAGUGAUUACUCAGUAAGAAGAAUGGAGAGACAAAAUCAAAUAAUGGGAAAUGCAGUCAGAGCUAUACCACGCCUGGAGCAAACCACCACACGUGUACCAGUUUCUGGGAUCCAUAUAACUCAUUAAAAGGAACUUUCACAUAUCCAUCUAGACACCCUGUGAGUCAAUAUCCCUAUAAAAGGAAUUGUGACUAAAGAGUGAAGUUCACAGCAGCCAUUUUGGAGAAUUCAACCCCAAAAGAAACAAGUAGACAUAAUCCACAUAGCUAAUCGGGUGGAACAAAGCCGCUCUGGAUGGUACUCCAAUUACCAUCAUCUCUUACAAGCAACUGGAGACAACAUAGGGAUUUUGCCAGACAAUAAAGUUCAUGACUCCUGAAGUGAAAGCACAAAGGAAAUGAAAGUCAAGAAACCUCUAUGCAACAAGAGGUUACGUUCAUUAAAGCCUAAAUUGAAGUAGUCCGAUCUUAUAAAGUGGCCAUCCGUAUGCAACAAGUGAAAUCGCAAUAUUAACACAAAACCACAAAAAUGAGCUGAAGUUCACAACAGCAAAAACAUCCUGCCUGGAGAACACAAGAGAAGUGAUUCAAGACUUUUCCCGAGACAGUCCACAUAAGUUCUGUCAAUCAUUGGUAGGAGCCAGCUUGGAUGAAACUGAA